UUGUUAUUUAAAAAAAAAUUAAUUAUUAUUUAUUCUCAUCCUUUGUUUUCUUCUUCUACCUUUCUUCUGUGGGAAUUCGCUCUAAUGGCGAAGCAGAAAUCUAUUUCUCUUCUGUGUUUUGAUGUUUAACCUUCUCAAAAAAAUUGAUCUCUUCACCUACAUUGCUGAUCAGAAGCUUCAUAUUUGAUUCUCUUUUCUCUGAUCGUUAUUAUUUUGCAGUAUCUGUUCAAGUUCGUCAGCGUAGAUGCUUAGUCAUCCAAGUUUUUGAGAGGUGGUCACUCCCCAAAGUAGAUGGAUUGGAUAUACAUCAAUGAUUGGAAUUUUCUGCGGAUGAAAUUGAACGUUUCCCAUAUUAGAGCUUUCCCGGUUGUGUUGUGGAUAUCCCAGACUUCUUGUAGAUGAUAUCAAUUGACUGCAGCAGAUAGAGGCUGCACCUAAGCAUGUCGAUCAUCUUUUGGGUGAUAUUUAAUCACUCGUAUUGUCAACAGUUUGCUUUUCAGAACAUCUCAUAUUUCAUGUUACAGUUUACUCGUAAUCUCUACUUAAAAUCAACUGGAAGACACUGCAUUACCACUGUGGAGCCUUGUAUCUGGAUGUCACUAGAAGUUCACUGAGGCAUUGCCAUUGGUCACUGGAUAGAGAUCUAAUAAUGGAAAGAUAUAAACUUAUGAAAGAGCUUGGAGAUGGGACCUGUGGAAGUGUAUAUAAGGCCCUCAAUCUUGAGACGCAUGAAAUUGUUGCUGUCAAGAAAAUGAAGAGAAAAUUUUACUUCUGGGAGGAGUGCAUGAAUCUACGUGAAGUUAAGUCCCUAUGCAAGUUGAAUCACCCAAAUAUUGUCAAGUUGAAGGAGAUCGUCAGGGAAAACCAUGAGCUUUUCUUCAUUUUUGAAUACAUGGAAUAUAACCUAUAUCAGAUCAUGAGAGACCGGCAAGGCCCAUUUUCUGAGGCAGAGAUACGAAACCUUAUGUCACAAGUGUUGCAGGGUCUUGCAUACAUGCAUAAAAAUGGAUACUUUCAUCGGGACCUAAAACCUGAGAAUCUCUUGGUCACAAAUGAUGUUAUAAAGAUAGCUGAUUUUGGACUAGCUAGAGAAGUGACAUCAAGGCCUCCAUAUACUGAUUAUGUUUCUACACGGUGGUACCGGGCACCAGAGGUUUUGUUGCAAUCAUCAGCAUACACGCCUGCAAUAGACAUGUGGGCAAUUGGUGCAAUAUUAGCUGAGCUUUUCACAUUGUGCCCUAUUUUUCCUGGUGAAAGUGAAACAGAUCAGCUUUACAAAAUAUGCUGUGUUCUUGGAACUCCAGAUUGGACCACUUUUCCUGAAGAGAUGAAUGUGUCACGCUUAAUCAAUUUUAGUUUUUCCAAGAUUGAGCCUGCCAAUCUUUCAGAUAUCAUUCAUAAUGCUAGCUUGGAAGCGAUUGAUUUGAUCACGCAACUAUGCUCGUGGAACCCACAAAGGAGACCGACUGCGGAGCAAGCUCUUCAGCAUCCAUUUUUCCAUGUGGGAAUGUGGGUUCCUUACCCACUCCGGGACCCAUUUCAACCAAAAUCAAACAACAUGGUAGUAUCAGAGCCAAAGCUUGAGUUGAAUCUGUGGGACUUCGGCACUGAACCAGACGAUUGCUUCCUUGGCUUGACCCUGGCAGUGAAGCCCAGUGUCUCAAACUUAGAAAUGGUUCAUCGGGCCUCUCAAAACACUAGAAAGGAAAUUCUUUUUUGCUCUGGUUUUCAAAAUCAUUCAGAUCAGUCAGCAUUGUGGCCCCUGCUAUCUCUGAGUCAAAGUGGAGAUGACAUACCGGUGAUGCCUUCAUUACCAUCGUCAUACAUGGUUAGCAGUCAAGUUUCUUGUCCAACAAUUGGGGUUCCACACCCAACAGGAUUCACAAUGGCAUCUCUGCAGCCUAAUAUCCUAGACCGGUCACCACUGGUCGCUGUCUCCUCACCAUUCCAGCAUGGUCAGUACCUUUGAGCAAGUGCUGUGAAAGAAGUUUAGAUUAUUGGGUUGAAGCUGGGUUGAAGAUUUCUUCGAACCCAUAAAUUGUUGAUAGUUCAUUAAAAGAGAAACAAGUGGAUAUUUCUACUAGUGCUCCAUUUGUGAGUUCUACAAAUGUAGCUUCUUAGCUUGAUGCCACUGAAAUGGCUUAAAAUGCUACACCAAACUCAUGUAACAAGUUGCAAUUUGCAAACCCUCAGUUUCCAAAACUAUUUCCUGUGGGACCAUUCAAAAACAAAGAGGGGGAGGGGAGAGGGGAAUGGAAAUAACCCUGUUCUCCCCGAUUACGAAAUUAAUUGAGGUUCUAUGUUUUAUGAUGUAAAAUAUAUAUAUAUUUUUUGGGUUAGAUGCA